AUGGGCGCUGGAUUUUCCCUCCCGCGUUUGCAGGAGAUUGGACCUCAGUUGGCUGCUGGAGCUGGGAUCGCAAUCAGCAGAAAUCGACCAGAAUCCUUGAAAAAGGGGAAGGAGGACCAGUUUGAUAACAUUAUGGUGUCGUUUAUUCACUCUUCAAUUUCGUCACUUCUAUCGCUUUACUUUUUCUGGAAAACUCCAGAGGCCCUGAAUAACCUCGGAGAGUCCGGCCGAUAUCAAGAAUUCGCUACGCUCUUUACUUGGUCAUAUGUCUGGUACGACCUUUUCGACAUGCUCAGAUCAAAUGGCUUCAACCCCUUCAACAUGAAAGAAAUGAUGGUCCACCAUUCCAUAAUGAUUGGUGGCGGGCUCAUCGUGAUGCUCGACAAGAUCUACGGCAACUUCACCAUCUACGCGCUCAACAUGGAAAUCAACUCCAUUUUCCUACAUGGGCGAGCUCUGCUUCAAAUGUGUAACCAACGUGAUACAGCGGCCUUCAGAAUUGCUUCAGGAUUAAACAUUCUGACCAAUGUAACUCACAGAUUAGCCGUCAACUACCAUAUCGAUCGCUGGGGUCGGGCAAAUGGUUUUGUUUACGGCUACAUGAUGAACUCAAUUAUCGCCUUUCUGAACCUGAAACUACUGUACACUUGCGUCCGACGAGACUGGAUUGACUCACCAAAAGCGAUUGAGAAGAAGUCGGAAUGA